AUGUCGAACAAGAUACGAACUCCUCUGAGGUGAGAGAAAUUAAGCUGGUGCAGAGUUUGAUUCGCGGGCUAAUUUGGACGUUGUGACCCCCUGAUGGUAAAAUACGGUAACCUGGAACAAUAUGGCAGAAGAGUUUGGAUUUGCGUGUUUCUCUCUGUUGCAGGAUAGAGGAAGUACGAGGUGAGAGUGGGGUUUUGGAUGACAGAGAAUCGGUCGUAAUGUUGCUAUGACACUGCGCUGUGUCACCGUGUCUGCUCGCGACACUAAAUGCUUCUUCUCUUUUCUUUUUCUUGUCUGUGUCUUAACUCUUUCUCUCUGACUCCUCCUCUCUCUGUUCUGCCUCUCUCGCUACAGCAUGUCCCUCCCUUCCUCUUUUCUGUGUCUCUACACCCCCCCCUCCACCGCCUCCCCUCCUUUUUCUCCCCUUCCCUCUUGGCAGCAGUGCCAAAGUGGGCAGGCGGACCGAGGCAAACGCAGCACAGGGCAGAGCAGAGGGCGAUCCAAAGGCUGGCGAAUUGAUUAUGUGUAUGAUUGUGUUUUGAAGUGUGCUCUGUCUGUGUAUUUGUGUCAUUUUUUUUUUUUUUUUAUCACACGCAACUGAAAGUAACGUGAGUCUGUUCUGAGUCUGUUGUGGAGCUCUUCUCUUUCUGCUGUGCACAGUGUGUUUGAUAUCACGGCUUGUGUUCGUUGUGUAGGGCUGUGUGUGAGCAGACGUCCCUCUGUCACCCUGUGUGCGGACAGACGCACUCACGCCAGUAGGAGGGGAUUGUGGGAAGGGGGUGUAGCACUCAGAGGGUGUGCUCUACUCCUCUCUUUUCCCUUCUUCCCGCCAUCACGGCCCUCUUCUCCUCCAGUCCUCCGGCCCAGCCCGCCGCUCACGUUCAGGCUCCAGGUAUUUUUCUUUUUUACUUGCGACACCUCUUCCAAGUCUUUUUCACUGCCCUAUAAUCUUUUUCUUCGGGUUCCUCUCACCCUCUUCCUCUGUCCUCCAUCAUGGUCUUCGUCCUGUAAAUGUGUCUUUCAUCGUCGGUUGCCACGCUGCACUCCGCUCGCCGCCAUUUUGGCUCUAUAGAAAUAGCAGAAGAAACUUUUCUGAAGCUCAGGGGACUCUUUGACACCCUGCUGACCAUCUUCUCGCUCCCACUUCCAGUGUCUCUUUUUUUCCUCUGUCUCUGUCGCCCUCUUCCUCUCUCUCGUCUCCGCUCUAGGACAGCAGGAUCUGACAGGGAGGUGAAUUGUCUAUCUAUACUGUACUGAACAGGUGUCUUUUUUGUGGACUGGCAGGAGGAGGGACAGGCCUUCAUGGCUACUUUCUGACCCCAGAGUGCCAACACUGUCAGAGAGCUGUUGUCGUGUUGUGGUCAGUGCAAGUUUUGCUGCUGCCCAGUGUUGAAAAGCUGCUCACACCGACAAGAGGGACACUCGGCUGUUCCCUUAUCAUGCAGGGUUGUUGCUAUAGCGAAUACAAGGACAAUCUGUACUCUGUUUCUCCUUCCCUUUAUUGAAUGUUUGCCCUCGCUGCCACUGCGAAAACCCCAAUGCGUCUCAUGAUCAUGCGUGUCAGUCUGUAGGUUUUAUCUUUCCGCGAUCGAAAGGUGUGACAAGUUGUCAAAAGGUUGCAACUGUAAUGUUUGGCUUGUCACACUGCACCAUAGACUUGUGUUUAUGACACUUUACUCUUCAGAGGAAACUGAGGUUAGGCCAGGCCCUGCGAAGAAUAGUGCAGAUUGUUAAGGGCCAACUGUCAUUAACUGUCAGUGUUUCGAAGUUCUUGCUUGUUUAGUCUGAACAGACUUCGAUUUCUUUUUCCAAGCAUGAAUCACAGUGAAAAAGGAGAAUCUUGUACAAAUGUAAACAGAAGUUUGUCCAUCCUGCAGGGCUGUGAGAAAAACAAGCAUAUUUUUUCUUUUACAUAACACUGCGCACUUAAAUUUCGGUGUCAUACCUCUGUUAAUAAUACGAAAAAUCGAACGCAAAAAUCGAGAGGCGUAUUCUCCAAAUCAGACCAGACAGGAUCCAUCGAUUUGAUCAUAUUCUUUGCAUGUAUAAGAGGAAUUUCAUUACAAUCAGAAUUAUAUGACCUAUCCGCAUAUUGAUCGCACGAUUUGAAUACUAACUGGACUGCUUAUUGUCAAUAUUUUUAUCAUCAUCUAAAUACGGGUUGGUGUUAAGAUGGCGCCUUCGUGCCACGUGUUUAAAAAGCAGUGUAUAUGGGUAGACCCUUUUCAAUAUGCCCCUUACAAUUUGUGGGUUUACUUUCCCUCAUUCACUGCAUCAUCCUCAGCCUUUUUCCCUGGCUCUACCUCGGCUUUCGGUGACGAUUUAACUCCUAAAAAAGAAUGUCACUUUAUAAAUAUGUAUUUGCAGCAACGAUGAGACAGAAAUGUUGAGAAAGAAGACGCCAGAGAAAAUGAGAGAGAGAACAAGGGUUACAGAGACAGAAAGAGAGGUAGGAGUGGGAGAGCUCUUUUCCCCGCCCCUCUCUUAUCCUCAGAUGAACUUAUCGUGUUGCCUCAUAAUGUUUCUGAGUUUUUCUCCUAGAGGCAGUCAUGCUAACUUCCUGCAUACAGCCUCAGCAGAGCUGAUUGGUUGAUAUCUUGGCUGACCGGCCACAGUUUGCAGAGAGGCAACAGGAAGUUUCUCCUCUCAUGCAGGAAGCAGCAGCUGCUCGGUCCAUGACAUACGGCACUUUGCACUCUCGCAGGCGCGCUAUGUUUGUGUAUAUGCAUGUGUACGUGCAUGUGCUUGUUUGUGUAUGGCCUGCUCUGUGUGGCAUAAGUGAAAUGCUGUAACAUGUGGGCGUGUAGCAACAUGCCAGGCCAGGCAUCUGAGAUAUCAGAAACAUUUGAAACCAUGGUAACCACACAGCUCAUCAGCACAUUAGCAAAAGAGAAGACAAGUGGAAAAGAGGAGAGGGGAUAGGGAGAGUAAAAGAAGGAAAGGACAGAAACCUCUGGGGUAUACUUCCUUCAUUCAGGGUUUCAGAGUCACACCUGACCCAAAUUAAUGACCUUCUGAUUAAACGGCUGAUAAUAUACAUCAUUUUGAAUACAAAAAGAUGAUAUUCUUAAUUAUUUACAUGAUACUUGAUGUAAAAUCAUAAAGAGAAGAGUUAAAAACAUGAUUCAUCUCUCUAACGUUGGUUAUUAUAUUCGACCCCGCUCCUGUGUUUAAGUUUGUGGUGGACAUGAUCGUUGUCCACUGUGAUAGUCAACACAAAGACUCCCUUAUAUCCCUGCCUUAUCGAGGUUACACUAUCUUUUAAUCAAACACGCUGUCUGACAGGUUUACCUACCUUCUACUGCCUGUGACUCUAACAUUUCAGCCCUCGAGCUCAUUAAACAGAGGAGUUGAUGGUAAGCUUUCUAUUCAAUUUAGCUUAUCAGGAUCAGAUGUAUUGAGCUCCUGUCUUAAUCAGGAGGUCAGACGACUGUUUUGUGUUUGGUCUGCGUGUUUGUGUUUAAGUACUCACAUAUGGAAGCAUGCCUCUGUAUACAUGCAUAAGUGUGAGCAUGAGCCCUGUGUGUUUGCGCCUGGUUAAUGAGGAUAUACAGAACAUCACAGCGGGCACCUUGCCAAGUGGGCAUGGAAGAGGCUCAGCGUGCCCGUCCUUCGUCCUUUAAUGUCGGAAUCAGACAUUCCUUGGGGAGAAGGGAAGAUGAAAAGCAAGCAGGUAUGAUAAAAUCACUCCCGCGCUCCAUUGAGGUUUAGCUCUUUUUCUCGGGGUCUGUCAGAUGCCAAGGCGAAAUAUUCUCUCGAUUAAGACGGGACACGAGUAAGACAAGACAUCCGUUUGCAUCUUUUUAACUGUGGGAAUUCUCCAUCCUGCCAUUUAUUGUGUGGCAUACUUCCUCUGCCAACUCCAGCUCCCCCACCGCUCCUCCCCUUUACCCACCAUCACCACCUCCUUCCUCCCUCAUUGAAAUUCUGCCUGGCACACAGACACUGCCCAUUCUUGGCACAAAGCUCAGAGAGAGAGAGAGGAAGAGAGAGAGAGAAAGAAACACACAAGAACCUGUACCAAUCGUCUGGUGCCCCGUCCGUUGUGUCUGCCAAGCAUUCAUCCCGUCUCGCGGACCAAGGGACCAGGAAAUCCAAUAGGUAUUUCCCUGCCUCUGCUUCCUGCGUAAAUCUGCUCAAAUUCUGAGGAGUUUUGUAGGCAACUGAAUGCGCUGUGUGUGUGUGUGUGUGUUUGGGGAUUUGCUGAUUAAUUUGUGCGUUUAUGUUGUUAGUUAAGGAAUAAAUCAGACGGAUCCUGUGACCUUUCACCGUCUAUGGCGAGGAGGCUCGGGCGCAUUGUUCUGUAAAUUUUACGCGUUUGUUUUGAUUCGUUUAAAAAUGGUCCUAAUUGUUGUGUUAUGGAGGUUAAUAUUAGAAGUUUAUAAAUUUGUGAUUUAAACAAAGUGUAGUUAAAUUUAAUCCACAAAAAGGAAAAUAUAAUUUGACAUUAAAAUCUCGUCUUUUCAGUUGGUGUUCACUUUUUAAUUUUCCUGAAGGGCCCUCCACUCCAGCGUUGUAGCAGUUGUAUUAAAUUUAUUGAGCACAAAUAUUUCACCUGGAAUGUCUGAAACUGAAUCUGGCACGGUCUCUGCAGAUGCUGUCUCUGUAGAUAGGUUCAUAGCUUAUUGAAAAAGAUAAAAUACCCGGUGCUCCAGUACAGCUGGCAAGGAGUUGUGGAAACCCUAAAAAAACACAUGUAGCCUUCACCCAAAGAAAGAUUAACAUACUAACACAGGAAAUUGUUUCCAGAAAAACAUAUCCUGACUGUGCACAGCAGAGAAAUGUUAUCAGAGGGCAAGAGAGGACAAGGUCUGUGUCUCUUGGCUUAUUCAGAGUACUUUAAAUGUGAUUUUACAGCCAAACAGCCGCAGCUCUGCUGUGACAGAUGUACAGACACACCAUCUGAAAGGUAGAUCACUUUCAAACAUUCUGUCCUCAAGAGCUUUUCAGUCAUUUUGUAGCUGGAAUCAGUCCUGUCAUGGGUGCCCCUUCUAUGUGCACCCAUGACAGGACUGGACAAAGUUCACAAUAUCAGAAAACAGCUCUUGAUAGAGGUCACAUGACUGACCAAGUCCAGCCCUGGUGUUUUCAAAACAGUCGAGAGUUGUGCGGGGGGUGACGAGGUUGGGGGACACACACCAAUUUUAGCAAUUAACGGAGAAGAAGAGAACUUCCUAUCAGGGAUUAAAGUUUCAUCUAUUCUUUUAUGAGGGGGUGCAAGAAUUUCCAUUAAUUUGACCCCAUUCUCUGUGUCAUAUCACUUUAAGUCUGCUCCCCUCGCCCUCCAGUCAGUAAACGCUUCUUGGCGACCAAAUAGAGCCUGUAGGUCUGUCACUGGCACGGUGGCAGAGUUGGGCGUCAUGCCAACACACCCCCACCCCCUGUCUGUCUGUCUGGUGCUCAGUAAUCAGACUAGCAGGGUCGACUGAAUGCUAACUAUAGGCCAGUCUGGACCCAGUUUCAGGGGUUGUGGCUGUAUGCUAAUUUAUGCAGGCAGUGUACUGCCUAACCCUGACUAUCUGAGGCCCAGGUCUGGCAUUUAGUCUGGCACUAAUUAACCCUUCAGUGCUGCUGUGUUGACCUGCUGGCACUUUGACCAGAGGACUUGAGCAACUUGCUGUAUCGAGAUGAGCCUGACGUGAAUUUAAGAAACCGACUUCUUCAGCUGAACAGACAGUUUUUGGAUCAUUCCAGAGCCCGGUUUAAGCAGUACCUUUAUAUUCACAUAAAUAUAGGCAUGUUUCAUGAUCGUGAUUUUUCUCUGUGAACUUUCCAGCUGUCUGAAGAGUAUUGUAUGAGUUGCUUUCUCACUUUGUGCUCAUGACAGUGAGUGUGUAAUCUGGGUCUGUUGGCUUCCUUGCAGCUCUUGGCACAAGAUUGACUCCAUCACUCUCUCUCUUUCUCAAUUCGGGGGAAAGUAGCUCGGAGAAAAAGACAUUCAAAGGUAGACCUUACAGUGCUUUUAAGCCGACCUAAAAUGGCGGAUGUACGAGACGCCAUUUUGUGUUUCCUUGUUGUGUUUUGGGGGGCAGAAUACCAGCCUUGUAUUCAAUCAGAGGCAGCUGGUGGAAGCCAUAUUUGCAGGCAUCUGUGUGUGUACCUCCGUCUGAGAAGCAGCAGCCAGCCUACACAGGGAUAGCCCACUGGAAUGAGCUCAGUUUUUGGCAAAAACGGAAACGAAUUCCUGGCACAGUCGAGCAGCUACACCCCCCACCCCCCCUUUCGAUCACAUGCCAGAGUCUCAGGAAGCCAGUGAGUUGUUUGUUGGGCUUUCACACAUUAGCGCUCUCACUGUCCAAUGUCUGCUUACCAUUAAAUUAUUUGUCUUUGAUUUGUUUUUUAAAUGGAACGUGUUUCAUGAAGACAUUCAGCCUCGAGUCGUCAAUAAACAAAAAGCUUGGUUGAUCGGCGGGGAUGUGCCAAUAUUCAAAAUUUCAGACAGCCCUCUUUUGUUAAGACAUGAUAAAUGUUUCUCCGAAUCUUGGCAGUGGGACGCGAGCGGCUUUGCAGAUGCAAGUCAUAAUUUUGAAUCAUUUCCAGUGACAAAAAACAAAGGAUAAAAAACAGAGUCAAGCUGAAAAAUAUGAUUAUACUCCUUUAAGUGGGGCUUAAAUUUGAGCACAUCAGUUAUGUAUAUGUAAAGACAGGAAAAAACUCUAUUCAGUCCUUUUACCUUGUUAACCUGCCUGUUUUUUACAGAUUAAAAUAGUCAAUUAAGAUAACCUUCUGUCUCUUUUUUUUUGUACUAUUACAGGAGAGUUACCUUUGUGGAUCUCUGAUGCUGAGGCAACGUGGAUGCUGUCCUUGGGGCUGAGGUAGUAGAUUGAAUAGUUGUGGGGUUGUGUAACCUCUUCAUGAGAUAACUAUACAAUCUACUGUCUUUCCCAAGGAGACAGCUGAGUCAGCCGCUCGCCGACUGUCGGCUCCAGACGGGCAACAUGCUGUCCAAUCAAAACAUACGCUCGCAGCCAUCAACAUAA